CUCAGACAACUUUCGCAUUCCGACAGGUGCGCGCCACUGCACGCGAGCCUUUUACUCAACUAGCUAGUAGGGUUAAUAGCUAGACUAGCUAGAAGUGUAAUUUGAAUUCGUUAAACUAUGCAAUUAUUAUUGCUGUUUGGAUCUUUCGCAAAAUGCCGAUCACAACCAAGGACUUUUUGAAGGAUUCUCUCAUCCUUCACCAAUGUAUUCUUUUAAUUAAAAGCUCUUCUAUUCUAUUUUGAUUGAUACUAUUGGCAUGAGAUGAUGACAUGCAGUCUCCCUUUGAUUGUCUUCCGUGCUGUCUGAAGCCCGACGACGACGACGACAACAACGACAGCAGUGAAGAGAUCAUGGCCGCAGAUGCCAAUGGCCUCCCACAACAAGAAAAAGAAAAAGGACAAGAAACAGCAAAUGGUGAAAAGUUGACUGAUACUGAUGGCACCAAGAACAACACGACACCGACAACGAAGGAGAAUAACACGAAGAAAGAAUCUGCAUCGACAACGACGACAAAUGUUUCCGUUGGCAGACGAAGUUUGUCUCUGUACAUGAUCCGUCAUGCCGAGUCUCGCAACAAUCAAAUCUACCGAGAAGCUCGACAGCAGUUUGGAUACGGCACGUCCGACUUUGAUGCCGAAGGUUGCAGAGAGUAUUUAGAAACUCAUCGCAGCCCCGAUCCUGGACUCUCCGAUGCCGGAAAGCAACAAGUCGAACGGUUGUCCAGCUAUUGGACGUCACAUCUGGCCAAUCAGGCAUCGCAUCCUGUGCGCAUCAUUACGAGUCCCAUGAAACGAACCUUGCUCACCAUACGGCCCACUCUCCAACAACUACAACAGCAACAACAACAACAAUCUGACAAGAACCAAAAAAUGUGUCGAGUCAAGGUAGUUGCCUUCUAUCAUGAAACGGGAGGGUGCUUUGAAAAGGGGAAAGCUGUGGAAGGCAUGAAUCCAAAAGAUAUCUCAAAUUUUCUCGAGGAAUCGGUUGCCGACCCCAAGGAAGACAUUGACUUUGUGGGGUUUCCUUCUAAUUCAAACAGGGGUUGGUAUUACCAAGGCAAAGUGCCCGAAACACGAGCGGAUUCCGAGGCCAGAGCGGACAAAUUCUUUCUCUGGUUGACCGAGUAUCUAGAUGCAGAGUUGACGACCGGUACGAACAACAACAACAAUGAGGAACAGGAGGAAGACGACCUCUUUGAUGCUGGAGUGGCAGUGCCCGGGGAAGAAAACGAAUGUGAACACGACAAACACAGUCCUCGCCAGCGGAAACGGCGAAAGGCCAUUCUCGUGGGGCAUGCCGACUUUAUGAAUCUCAUUCUCACACGAAUCGUGGCGGGGUUUGGCCAUGCUGUGGAGAAGGAAGGGGUUCCUCACAGAUCGGCAUUUGUGCAUUUCAAUACGGGCAUUACCGAGUUGGAGUACUUUGGGAAAGGGCGAUUUCUGGUCAUGGGUUCAAAUCAGACUCCGCAUUUUCCAGUCGACGAAAAUGCGUCGCUACGAACUGGAGGUAGCAUCAAAGAUGGGUGGGGCUACGUCGUACCAAAUGACGACUUCAUGCUACACACGGAGGUUUCCAUCUUGGAUGAUGAUGAUGACAAAGAAUCAAAAGUAUGGGAUGAUCACAUCCGCGCGCAAGUAGACGCUCUCCAAUCGCUGUAUCUUGCCACGGCCAAGCUUCUUCGUGACCAUGACACGACAACAACAACAACAACAAAGGAGGGUGGGAAGAACGGAAAACAAGGCAAUGUGCAUUUUCUGGUCCGACGAAGCAUGCAAGUUGUGGGAGUUGCCACGUAUUCCAAGUCCACGGGCUAUUUGUUUGAUGUGGCCUUUCGACCGUCUGCCCAAAAGGAAGCUUCCAAGGCGCUGAUCAAGUCCGUCAAGAACCACUGCCGUAAAUUCAAUCACCCAGCAAUCCUCGUCCGCCCCAGUACAUGUGCCAAGUCCUCCACGUUGUGUCUGGCAAUGUUUCGGGAGUUGGGAUUUCACAAGAAGAAAGCAGUGAAAGGAAAAACCAAAAACAACAAGAGUCGCACUGACACGGAUGAUGUUGUUUUGGAACUCAAGUUUCCUGCCACUUGCGAGUACGUAUAACUAGAAUUAGUUGCUACCGUACUUUUCCAGCAAACAUCUAAACAUCCACCCCCCACAUUGAUCAAGCUCGUAUACUGUAGCUAGCUAGCUAGUACAGGUAUCAACACCACGCUUAAAGGCA